AAGCUACUUGAGGGGCUUGGGGGGGAGCCAGUGUGAGUGAUACUGGGUGUUCCCCUCCCUUCAGUGGGGAAACUUGGGCGGGGGGGCGAGGGGGGUCCCAGGCCGGGUGCCCUGCCCGUGCCCACCUGGGUUGCUCAGCUGGUGGGUUAUGAGUGUUCUGGCAUGGGGGGGGGGGGGGGGCCCAAUUGGCACCCCCCCAGAGUCCCCACGGGCUGUGUCCUCGCUGCCCCCAUCCUGUCACCUGGCUGGGCAGGUGUCCGUCCCCCCCUGCCCCCUCCGGAAAAGCAAACAGGGCUGAUAAGGGGCUUCCUCCGGGGUGGGGGGAGCCCGGGGGGGCCCUAAUGUGCCUCCGGCGGAACCGGGGCCAUAAAGCGCGGGGAAGCGGCAGAGCCCUGUUUGCUCGGGGUGGGGGGGCACUGGGGCUCCUCACCCUCCCAGGACCCCCCCUCGGGGCUGCAGCCACGCACCUUCACCCCCAGACCCUCCUCAUCCUCCUCAAUGCCCAGUGGAGAGAUGGGGGGGCCCCCCUGCCCUGUCCCCUUCGGGGUCCCACCUCUGCUGAGGGAGCCCCUCCACCACCUCUGUGUCCACCCCCUUCCGCUGGCAGAGCCAUCCUGUGACCUUUGGAAAAUGGCUGUUUACCGUCACUCGGAAUAAAUGGGGCAGAAAGUCCUCGUGUCCCUUCCCCGACCCCCCCCCCCGGGGGGCUGGGGGCCACCCGCACCCCGAUAUCUCCCCCGGCCGCGGCUCGGGGACGUCUGUGACACAACGCGGUGACAUUGCCGCUGUGGUGGGGGUCGGUGGGGCUGUGGGGGUGGUGUGUGUCCUCCCCGAACGUCAGGGUGGCUGAGACCCUUCCCUCGGGGCUCUCGUCUGCUGGGCAGAUCCAGCCCCGCUGCCUCAGUUUCUCUGCACACCUGUCAGGACGCUGCGGGGGGUCCGGAGCCCCCUCAAUCCAAUCAGCCCCGCAUCGACCGCGGGGACGUGAAAGGUGCCGGCCUGGGGGGGCUGCGGGGGCUGGGGGGGCUCAGCUCCCCCCCUCACCCCAGGCUGCUGUAAGCCCGGCACCUCCCGCCCGGGGCAGCGUGGACCCCCCGCCCGUGUCCCCGCACACUGGCGCGUGUCACACCGCGGCCACGCCACGGGGGUGACCUCCCCCCGGGGCUGGGGACCCCCCCGGGGCUGGGACCCCCGCGGUGGACUGCCAUCAGCCGUGUCCCUGCCGCCGCUCGCCGGGGUGGCGGCCGGGGCAGGAGUGGGGAGCGUGUCCCCUCCGGCCGGGACUGGCACCCCGCGGGGUCCCGUGUGCCAUGUCCCCUCCAGCCGGGCUGGUGGCGCCCCGCAGGGUCCUCGCUUAACCAUGUCCCCACCAUGCGGAACGGUGGCACCCCGCGGGGUCCCCAGGAGCUUUGUCACCUCCAAUCGGAGCAGUGGCGCGACACCGAGCCGUGGUGCACACAAGCCGUGUCCCCUCUAUCUGGGCCAGUGUCACCCCGCAGUGUCCCCCCGAGCUGUGUCCCCUCUUUCUGGGCCGUUAUCACCCCGCAGUGUCCCCUGCAGAGACGAUCCGUGUCCCUUCCAUCCCACCGUCUGGAGAUGCGGCUGCAUCUGGCUGGGACCAUCCCGACGUUUUUGGGGACCCCCUUCUGCCACCUCUCCCCGUCCCAGCACCCACAGGGUGGCUUUGGUGGUCUCUGCCCGGUGGGCACCUUCCCACUGGGUCCCUCCGUGCCUCAGUUUCCCCAGGAGCCGGUGAUUGCUCCUUAAUGGUAAAUCCAUACCGGAUUAGUGUUCCCGGUGCUAGAGGCUGGAAAGGGCACCUCAUCCGUCCUGGGGGCGGUGACAGGGAUCGAUGGCGGUGGCGGGGACAGCGGUGACAGCAGCUGUGGUGACAAGGACUUCGUGCCCCGUCUGGGGAAACUGAGGCAGCCGCGGCUUUGGGCUGGGACUGUCCCCUGCGCUGUCCCCCAUGGGCAGCUUUUGCCAGGGCCGUGGGUGGUGUCCCAUGUGCUGUGUCGUGGCUGUACUGUGUUUGUGUCCCUGGGUGUGGCUGAUGUUCCUGUGUCACACUGUCACAUCCCAGAGACUGUCUUGGGGGCAGAUGUGUGUGCCGUGGCUGUGUGUGACAUAUGUGUCCCUGUGCCAUGGCUGUGUUACUUUUGUGCCCAGUUGCUGUAGCUGUAUGUCACAUCUAUGUCCGUGUGCCAUGUUCAUGUGCCAGGCUUGCCUGUCAUGUCUGUGUUCAUGUGCCAUGCUUGCAUGUCACCUGUGUGAGAUGUCCUAUGCCAUGGUUGUGUCACAUCUGUGUCCAUGUCCCAUGUCCUUGUGCCAUGGCUGCCUGUCACUUCUGUGUCCUUAUGAUAUAUUCAGGAGCCCUGGCUACGUCACAUCCAUGUCUGUGUCCCAUGCCCAUGUGCCAAAGUUGUACGUCACAUCUGUGCCAUGGCUGCACGUGACAUGUGUGCCUGUGUGCCAUGGCUGCCUGUCACACCUGUGUCCACACACCAUGGUUGUGUGUCACAUCUGUGUCUGUGUCCCGUGUCCUUGUGCCAUGGCUGCCUGUCACCUCUGUGCCCGUGUGCCCCAGCUACCUGUCACACCUGUACCUGUGUGCCAUGUUCAUGUGCCCUGGUGACAUGUCACAUCUGUGUCCGUGUCCUGCGCCCAUCUGGCAUUGCCACAUCUGUGUCCUCUGGCUGCGCUCGUGUCCCCAUGUUCCCAUAUCUCUGUGUCCCAUCUAUGCCCCCCAUGCUCUGUCCUCCCCAGCCCCUCGGGGUCCCAGGCUGGGGUGCUCUGCUGAGGGAUGGUGACAAGGUGCUGGCCGGGGGUGGUAGCGGGGGGGUCGCCGGGGUCCUGCGUGCCCAUGGGUUGGUCACACAUGAGGGAGGAGCCAGGAGCCCCCUCCGAGGCUAUAAAACCCUGGGCGGGUCGAGGAGCUGCCGUGUCCCUGGCACUGUCACCCCACUGCCAGGCCCUGCCUGUCACCUCUGCCUCUGCCAUCAUGGUGCUAUCCCCGCGGCCGUGGCACGCGCUGGUGGCCGUGUCGCUCUGCGCCCUGCUGUGCUUGGCUGCGCUGACGGCCGCGUACCCCGCCAAGCCCGAGAGCCCCGGGGACGACGCGUCCCCCGAGGAGAUGGCCCGGUACUUCUCGGCCCUUCGCCACUACAUCAACCUGGUCACGCGGCAGAGGUACGGCAAACGCGCCAGCCCCGACGCCGCGGUGACGGAACUGCUCCUGGGGGCCGGCAGUGACAGGUCAAGGUACGACGACGACUCCGCAUGGUGACGGCACCCCCCUCCAGUCCCUCUGUCCCCCAAACCCUCCCCAUCUCUCUCCACGUCUCCCCAGGGGACCCAGGGCCAGUGCGGGACCCCCCUCUGGAGGGUCGGGAACCUCCAGAUCCCGGCCCAGGGGCGUCCCGCUGUCGGGGGGGGCCCCGACCCCAUCCCCUCCCCACCGCUGUUGGGGGGGUCCCGCGUGGUCCCUGCACGCCCCCGCAGCGGCAAUAAAGACACGAUCGUGGGCACUGC